UGUAAUUCUGUGCCAAGCCGCAAGAAGAAUGAAAGCCCAGGACUUCCCCCUGGGCACUAGCUUCUAUUUGUAUUUGGGACAAAAGUAAAAUCUUCCCAGGGCUGGUUGAGAACUUCCUUCUGGUUCACAUAUCAAAUGGAGCCUGUACUUAAUCCACACCCUUGCACCAGCGGCUCAGAGUAACUGGACAAGUUCCGGAGGCUAGGAACAGCACAGUGCGGGAACUACCUGGAGACCUGGUGAGAAGAGCCAGCCAGAUGGAAGCCAGACCUCUAAAGGGCCCAGGCAAACAAUUUACAUUUGGUUAUGAAAAUGAAGUCCAUAAACGAGAUUACUUCAUUAAGUCGCCACCCCCUCAGCUCUUCUUCUCUGGGACCUCCUGGAAAAAGCGUCUUUUUAUUCUGUCCCAGAGUCGGGGAAAGGGUCUUAGUCUUUCCUAUUACAAAGAUCAUCAACAUAGAGGUUCCAUCGAAAUCGACGGCAGUGCCACUGUAGAAGUUGGUAUAAAUUGCCAGGAAAAGAUGCAAUCUGUGCAGAAGAUGUUCAAGUGCCACCCGGAUGAGGUGAUGUCCAUCAGAACUGUAAACAGGGACUACUUCCUUAUUGGCCAUGACAGGGAGAAGAUUAAAGACUGGGUCUCCUUCAUGACUCCAUACUGCCGGGGCGUGAAAGCAACCCGUCAGAGAGCAGAGCAGGAGAAGCCUUCCCCGGGUGACAGAAGGCCAGUUUCCGAUCCCAGUCCUUUCUUGGGCCUCUGCAGCACACCAGAGGGUAUCAGCCUGGCAUCCCCGAGGGCCAGUCUUCCAGAGCAUUUAAUACAAAAAAGUCUCCAAAGAUUCAGGCAAGCUCAUCUUCAUCAUGAACAUGAUUUCCACUCCGAACCCACUCAGGAUGCAGAAGAGGAGGAGGAAUACUAUCUCACUCCUCGCAGUUUAGAAGCCUGUUUAGAAUUAGAGAAUAUUGCUGGAUCCAAUGAUUCUGGUGACUCUGUUGAAGCCAAUAGUCCAGACCAAGGUUUCAAGAGAGGAGAGAGCAAUUACGUGUCAAUGAGAUCAAUGAGAUCCUGUCUCCUUAAAGAAUCAACCUCUACAUCAGCCGACAAAGACGGCCAAGCUGAAGUCCAGAUUUCCCCAGAGACGUCAGAGCUGGGGCCUCCCCACCAAGACCAUGGUGCAGGAAGCGACCCGUGUCUUUCACCUGCUGAUUCAGAAGCACAAACCACAGAUGACCAAAAGGAGUCCGCCUCACUGACCGUUGUGAAAUUGUCUAUAUUACUCAACAACAUCCCUGAUGAGAGCCACGUGGAGACUCUGAACAUGUUCCUCUCUCCUCGGGAUGCCAUCGACUAUCUUGCGCUGGUAGAAGCGGCUGGACGGAUAUGUGUGGCUCGCUGGGAAGGCCCUCCCCGACUAGGGUGCUUAUUCUACCAUGGAGAUCACAUCUUGGCUGUGAAUGACCUGAAGCCCCAAAAUGUGGAGGAGGUGUCUUUGUUUCUUACCCGAUGUAUCCAGAAGGAGAAAGUGAAACUCUCCAUUGGCCGGAUCCCAAACUCAGCGAAGCUCCAUGCGUCCCCCUGUGCGUGCUCCCUAAGACACCAGUUGGUUGAGCCUGUCCAGCAGGAUUUGCCAGGACUGGAGAGGACCCCAAAGAGGAGUCCUGCCAUCAAAAAGAGCCAGAAGGAAGCCACAGGGGAGUAGGCUGCCGCAGGCCCAGGACAUGGAAGGAGGGUGCCCUGGGCCAUGCACAGCCCUGUGAUUGGAGACAAGACAGCAUCUGUCUCUGAGUCACUGUACUGACUUAACAGUGGGGUCACUGGCCCCUUUUGGCUGUUGCAUUGGGAAAGUCACAUGAGAUAAGGACUAUGGAGUGGAGUUAAAACAGGCGGGCUUGUUAUCUGAGACUCUGCCCCAGACACGGCAGACACCAUUCAGUAAAUGCCUGGUCUAAUUAAUGGCUUCUGAGGUCACAGUCCACACAGAUGGCUCGUCAUUAGUCACAUCAUUUCAGGGAUGCAAGAGAGCAGAAGUCUGCAGCAGACCUCCCAGACACUUCCUGUGGUUCAGCAACCUAGGAGCCUCUGUCCCACUCAGCACACCUGCUCUCUUAAAGACACACUAACUAUUUGGGAAGCUGAGGGAGUUUGGAGAUGUAUCCAGCCAAGAUGUGCUUGCUCUAAAAAUAAAUAGGAAACUAUGUUUGGACACUCUUAAUUGAUUGGUUUAUUGCCAAAUCAAUUCUGCAAAGCCAAAAGAAUCAAAGGCCUUUUAGUAAUCAGGAAAGAGGAGCAGUGAGAUCACGAAUCAGCUUGGGCACUGUCGGUGUGAGGGGGUUUAGAAAAGACAUCUUAGCAGGCCGUCCUUUCAGGGGAAGAAAUGAAGGCUUUAAAAGAUCAUGACACUCGGUCUUCAUGACUGAGUUCUGAGUGGUUCGGGGCAGAACCACAAAUCUGAUACCAGUUUUAGAAAGAAAAUUCCCUGACCUUUGCCUUGUGUGUGGGUUUAGAUUAGGAAAGACCUUUGGCACGCAGAGGAGACAUUCAAUAUGUUUCAUUUUCUGUUAUCUAGAUUUUUGUCUGUAUAAAAUGAGUGUGUACAUAAAUUAUGAAAAAUAAAUGUGCCCGUAUGACUGUUCCAGUCCCAUGAGUAAGAAAUGAAGCCACUUCCGUGAGGAAAAAAUAAGCAGCAAGGUAAAACUGCUCUAAACCAGCUGUGGGGAUGGAUUCCUGGGGUCUGAAAUCCAAAAAUCCCCUGGUUUCUAUGUACCUCAAGGAGGCAAGGAGGAAACUGAGGAGUUGCCCACCCACCCAGCUCACAGCAGCACUGGGACAAAUAAACAUGGCUGCCGGGCCUUCCCAGUGUGCUGUCAGCCUGCCACCCUCCCCCAGCCCCAGAGCCCCCCUUCUGCCACAGAAUGAGAAGUGGGGGGUCUUGUUGUGAGGACCAUGCUCUGGGUGCUUCUCCUAUUCAAAAUGUUUGCUUCUCAAAAUGAAAUUACAAGGCAGACUCCAAACCCAAAAUUCCAAUAUGGCAGCUCUGGUGUAGGAGUCUGGAAUCUGCAUCCUAAUGCACUCCCAAGAGAUUUGACCAAGGAACACAGUUCCUUUGGUGAAUCAUCUCAGGCGCCUGGUGGAGAACUUGUGCUCCUUGAAGAGGAUCAAGUUUUCAGUGGUGCUGAAAGAGGAAAAUGAUUAUUGUCCCACCCACCUCCAACAGGGAGCCC